AACAUCCCUAUAAAAAAAUUAUCCAUUUAGGAAAAAAAAGAUAGCUUCAGUUAAACACCUGAUUUAGGCAUCUCAUAUUGCUUUCACCCUUUCUUUAUUCUUCUAUCCGCGUUCAAACCACAAAAUUCUCGUCCAUUUAAAUACGAACCUAACCACUCCCCCUUUAUUUAAAAACUCAUCGAUUCCAUAAAAAGUAAACCCCAAAACAAAACAAAAACAAACGUCUCCAACAACAAAGAAGACUCAGCAAAUAGGUACGUGAUCAUCACAUUCUGCAUUUACGCGCAAACGAAACGGAUUCAAAUAAUCCACCAGCUAGCUCGAAAUCAUCAUUUUGAAUCAAUCAUCAUCGAUCUCUGGCUUCUAAAACCAUGCCAGAGAUCGAGAUCGUCCCGGGCGGGGACAACACCGCGGCGUUAUUCGGUAAAUACGAGCUCGGAAAGCUUCUCGGAUGCGGCGCCUUUGCGAAAGUCUACCACGCACGCGACCGCCGUACAGGACAAAGCGUAGCUGUGAAGAUUCUCAACAAGAAGAAGCUAUUAGCGAAUCCAGCACUAGCCAACAACAUCAAACGAGAGAUCUCUAUCAUGAGAAGAUUAUCUCAUCCCAACAUCGUUAGGCUACAUGAAGUAAUGGCGACGAAAGCGAAGAUCUUCUUCGCUAUGGAGUUUGUUAAAGGAGGAGAGCUUUUCAAUAAAAUCUCUAAACACGGUCGUCUCGCUGAAGAUCUAAGCCGUAGGUAUUUCCAGCAGUUAAUCUCAGCCGUUGGUUAUUGUCACGCUCGCGGUGUUUACCACCGGGAUCUCAAACCGGAGAAUCUAUUGAUUGACGAAAACGGGAAUUUAAAAGUUUCCGAUUUCGGUCUCAGCGCUUUAACGGAUCAGAUCAGACCCGACGGGUUGUUACAUACCUUGUGUGGUACUCCGGCGUACGUCGCACCGGAGAUUUUGUCGAAGAAGGGAUACGAAGGUGCUAAGGUAGAUGUGUGGUCUUGUGGAAUCGUCUUGUUCGUUCUCGCCGCCGGUUAUUUACCGUUCAGCGAUCCGAAUCUGAUGAAUAUGUAUAAGAAGAUUUACAAAGGAGAGUAUCGUUGUCCUCGAUGGAUGUCGCCGGAUCUGAAACGAUUCGUUUCUCGUCUUUUAGAUAAUAAUCCAGAGACGAGGAUCACCAUCGAUGAGAUUUUGAUAGAUCCUUGGUUCGUUAAAGGAGGUUUGAAACAGAUCAAGUUCCACGACGAGAUCGAGAAAGAUCCGAAAAUGGAAUUGGAAGCUGUGAAGAAUUUAAACGCGUUUGAUUUGAUUUCGUACUCGUCGGGAUUGGAUCUGUCGGGGUUGUUCGACGGUUGUAGCAGCGGUUCGAUUGGGGAAUCGGAGAGGUUUUUAUCGGAGAAGUCGCCGGAGAAAUUGGCGGAGGAGGUUGAGGGGUUCGCGAGAGAGGAGAAGCUGAGGAUGAAGAAGAUGGAGGAGGAAGAGUAUGGGUUUGAAAUGGAAGGGCAGAAUGGUAAAUUUGUUAUCGGAAUUUGUAUUUCACGUUUGAAUGAUUUGCUUGUUGUGGUGGAGGCGCGGCGGAGAGGUGGUGAUGAUGAUUGUUACAAGGAGAUGUGGAAUGAUAAACUCAGGGUUCAACUUUUUCGCGAUUGCGAUCAGACGCCGCCAAACGCCAGUGUUUGAAAAACGCUACUAGCGUUUUGGUUUGGUUGAUUUGCGUUUCUGUUACGGUUUUUUUUUUUCAUUUAGAUUUUAUUAUCUUCGUACCAAAAAAAGGAAAAAUAAAUUAACAAUAAUAUGUGUUUAAAUACUGUACCAAAUUGUAGGUAUCUUUUAUUUUGUGUUUAUUAUUAUACGUGUUACUAAAUUAUGUACAACGAAGUCUAAAAAUGCAUUUUGUAGAGAUUUUACUCUUUUGUAUAAUGAAGAAAUUGUUCUUCUA